AUACACCUCCAUCUUGGAUAAACAUCUCAACCAAGUGCUUGACAACGCAUGUUUUCUCCUUCAAAACUUUUGAUUUAAUCAGGACCUGUUUAUCUGAUUUAGGCCUCAGGAUAAAAUAAACAAUCCAAUUGAAAAUCUUUCCGAAAUAAUAAGAGUUUGAACGAUGAAAAAGCCUUGUGUUUGUGAAAUAUGCACUUGCGGGAGACACAGAUGUCCUCACCAUCCCACCAAUCAUCUAGGGCGUGGUGAAGGCCCUUGUAAAGUUACAGAAUAUACUCAGGUGUACAAACCCCACCCACUGGGACCAAGGGAAACUUUCAAACCAGAUGCUCGUCCAAUGCAGGGUGGAGAAUUCAGUGAUCAAACUACACAGAGAGUUGAUUACCACCCCCAUCCAUUGGAGCGACCAUUUCAACAUCAGCAUGAACAGUAUGUGAAGCCACAGGGAGAAUUUGCAGACAGGACUUCCUACAAUACAGAAUUUGUUGAGAAACGAGGAGUUCCUGCUAAGGCAAUUAGAAAUGAUGGUCAGAGAUUAGUCCCUGGAAGAUUUGAAGGAGAACCCACAUACAAAUCUGACUAUAGAAAAUGGGAUGCUGCUGGAAGACAACAGCCAUAUGGUAUGACUGCUGCAUGGGAACCACCUAAGGACAGGUUUCAAGGUUCAACAACAUUCCAAGAUGAUUUCCGCAGGAAAGAGAUUGGUCCUCGUGUCAGCUUUAAACCGGACAACGGUCCUCACAUGUCUGAUGCACCGUUUGAUGAUAAUACUAUUCAUCGUGCAAACUACAAGCAACAUGCCAUACCACCUAGGUACGUAAAAGAGAGAGAACAGUACAAACCUCCUGGAGUCCAGUUUGAUGGCUCUACAACAUUUAAAGCAGACUAUCGCGGUCAACCAGGAGAGCCAACACACAGUUUUAAACCGGCAGGACAGGCUUUCCAGUCCAACAGUCCUUUAGAUGAUCAUACCACUCAGAGAGACAGUUACAAGAAAUGGCCAAUGGAGAGACCAUAUGUACAUGCUCAGGAACAGUAUGUUAAACCAGAAGGCGAGUUCGCUGGUAAGACCACCCACAAUGCAACAUAUGUACCAAUGCCUCUGUCGAAAGUUCCAGCAAUGAGGCCAGUAGAGUCGCAAAAAGCAAGUGCUCCAUUUGAUGGUUCAACAAUGUAUAAGACCGACUAUGCAAAGAAGAUAGGGGAGAGAGCACAACCACUCAAGCAGCCAGAAUAUGUACAAAAUAAUGCUAGAUUUGAAGGUGCUUCAACAUACGGUAGCCAUUAUCACUCUCACCCAGUGCAGGCUACCAAAUCCUUCCGUCCAGAAUACCAAGCAGUCCAGGGUGGUCACUUUGAGGAUCGAACCAUGUACAGACAAGAUUACGUACCGAAGGAAAUACAACCUUGUCCAGCUGCAAUUAUUGACCAGCCUGCAUCCACCUACAGAUUUGCUGGGCUAGAUAGCAGGGGGCAUAAAACAUAUGAACCUGUGCACACCAGCAUACAACGUCUACAAGCCCCUAGCCCUAUGCAAUCCCAGCAAAGACUUGGAAUGUCUGUUGCAUAAUUUAAAUUGUAAUUCAAAGACUGGUUCAAAACUGAUUACAUUAAUUGUAAAGCUUUUAUUAUGAAUGACUAAAUCUUAAAAGAAUUCAAAAAUCAUUCUUUGUCUUGAGUUAUAAAAGUGAGGUCGGGAACCAGAGAGAGGUUAAGGUUUCUGAUUGGCUGUUUCUGUUCAUAGAACUUCAAACUAGCCAAUGGCAAGGCAUUAUCAUUUUACUGUUUCCCAGUCUCAAUUUUAUAGACUUAGAGGUAUUCCUGCCGAUAUAUUUAGUGCCAAAUGAUGGAAAUUUAAUAAAUAAGAAGAAAUCAACACAAGAAAAAUUUUGUAGGAACACAAUUUAAUAUGAUUAUUCCCCUUCAUUGUUUAAAAGAUGAUUGUAUAUUGUUUGGAAAGAGAAUAUAUGUAUAUAUAUGUUGGAAGAGACUUAAGUAUCAUUUUAAUAUAUUUUUUUCUCAUUUUAUGUUACACUGCUUUAACAAAAAAUCCACUGCUGUUAUAAUAAUAGUAUUUUAUUUCACAAUGAUAAUGAUGGUGAUUUAUUUGCUUUGAUCUUGGAGGGUUGAAACGAUAUCAAUUCUUCAUCAUUUUUCAAUAGUGUUUCAUAUUGUUAUUAUGCAAUUAUCAUCAAAGUUGUUGUCGAUAUAAUAUUUUGGUUUAUAGAGCAAAAUGGUAUAAGGUUAUUUUGACCUUUGACCUAUUUUCAUGACUUUUUUACUGGUAAUCACCAUGGGUAAAUUGAGGCACUUUUUGAAUGCCAAGUUUGAAAUUCAUGACUGUAUAUCAUGUUUGCAAAUUUAUUGAUUAAUUAAUUACCAAAUUAAUUAUCAAAUAUGAGGAAAUUUAAACAUAGUAUUACAAAGGUUAAGGUCAUAAUGAACAUUAUAACAAAAUUAAUUGACAAGGUAUUAGAGUUUUUAUUUUUGAGCGGGAUUUAUCUGUGAUAAAAACCAGUAUUUUGACUCUGCUCCCCGAAUGUAUUACAAUGAUAGCCAAAAGUAGUAAUUUUAUAUAAAUAUACAAGUCUGAAGUAUUAAAAGAAAAAGUUUUUGUGCUAUUAUUUAGCAAAUGGCUUUAAUUGAUGAUUUCUUAUGAAUUAGAAGUAAGAAAAAAAAGAUGAAGAUAUUAAAUGAAUAUGAUACUGCAAGAUGAACUGCUGAUUAGAGAUUCUUUAGACUAAAUGUCCAGUAUCAGAUAUCAUCUCUCUGAUUGGUUAAUUUAUUGUAACUGUUAUCAUGCUAUUUUUAAGAAUAAUGAGUUUAAAUUUUAUCUAAAUCUGAAAUCCACAACGGUCAAUUAGUGUUCUUUAUUAUGGAUCAUUGCACAGCAAACUGAUUUUACAAAUAAUUUUUGCUAAAGUUAAAGAUAUUUAUUUUGAAGAUGUUAAGAUAAAGUUUUAUAUGUGUACAUGAAUUGUGGACAUUUUUUAAAGAUUUUUGUUUAAAAUGGAGUUAAGAUAUACAUUAUGAUUAAACAUUUUAUGAAUGUAAAUAGAUCAAUAAAAUCCAAUAUUUUUAUUGUAUUUUCUAUAUAAAACCAUGAUUUUUUUAAACGAAACAUUUUUAUUCUACACUGCUGUUAAUUUCAUAUUUAUUUUAUUCUAUACUAGGUAGAUUUAGGUUUUUAUUCCAGUCUUUUAUAGAAUAUCCGUCUGUUUUGUAUUUUGUGGAAGAAUUUUUUAUUUAUACAGAUGUUAAUUUUACAUCAUUUAUUUUUUAUUGUGAUACGUUAUAAUUAUGUUGAUUUUAUUAAAUGUGCUGCUGUAUUUACAUGUACACAAAUUUGUGUCUUGUGUUAAAGCCCAGACUGUGAUAUAAUGCUUUGUAGAAUCACACUUGUUAUUGUCAAAUGUUGAAGCGCCUUAUAUGUUACAGAUAUUAUAGCUUUAAUCUCCCUCUCUCUUUUAAUAUCUUGUUGAUGAUCAUAAACAUACAUAGUCCAUUGUUAUUUU